AUACAAAAAAAGAAAGGAGAAGAUGCCAAUAGGAAAACACAAAAGUUAAAAUUGAGAAAUAACUACAAAAAAGAAAAAAAGAAAUAUCAUUCACAGAAACAUUCUGUGAAGCAGCAAGUAGAUGCGGGAAAUCCAAGAAGUGCGUUGACGUGGAUGGGGAUCACAGGGAAGGGACAGGAUGUUUUGAAAAUAUCACGACCCAGAAAGUACAUUAAACCAUCCAAGACCUUGGAAGUGCAAAUAGAAGUAGUGGGCAAACAAGGCAAGAGAAUUUUUUAAGAAAAAUAACAAGGAUUUAAUAAGUUGGGAAACCAGGUUUCUUUUACUACACAAAGAUGAUUUUAAAAAAAGUACGUAAUAGUCUAUAUUCCACCAAAUGAGAUGCUGUCUCAAGAACUUUCAGGGUACUUUUAUGAUUAACUGUCCUUGGAUCUAUGAAGGAGAGUAUCUUGAUUUAUUUAUAUUUUUCACCUCUGGGCAUGAGUAUAUGAAAGGGAAACAUAUGCAUCAGAAAUACCUUAGCCUGGUUGUAUAGAAUAAUAUCUAAGAAGACCACCCUAAAGAAUUGCACUCAUUUGACUGCCCUGCAUACAUUUUGUGUGCGUAUUCUGUAUUUAUAUUUGGUAGUAAUGUCUAUCUCUCCUGCCUUUUGCUUCCCAUAUGUCUGCUUCUCUUCCACUUCCUGUUUUCUGCAGCAGAACUCCAACCCGCUCCAAAAAGACUUUGAGAUCAUAGUCUUAAAACUUACGGCCCAUGGGAACAUGGAACUAUCUUCAGAAUGGUCCCUUCGGAGACUGUGGGCCAGAAGGUACAGACUCUAUUCGCAGGGGUAGGUGUAACAGAGACGCUCUCGUUCCCAUCCCUGCUGGAGACAGGUUAUAUACUGACCAAGGAAUCUAGGGGAGCCUUAGGCAGAAUCUCUGCGCAGAGGUAAGGGAGAAGUUGAAAUGAUUUUCUUACAGGAGUACAGUGCAGCCCCCAUGAUGCUGCUCUACAGACCACCAACCAAGAGUGGGGUCUUCAACGGCUAUUUCUGACAUAGUCACUACCUGUUAGUCAGUGAUAGGAAAUGUGGAGAUUGAUUUAGUAUUUAAAAAUUCCUAUUCUUUCUGAAAAAUGCAGGACUGUGAAUAUAAUAGCAUUUCAUGGCAGUAGAAAAAUUCAAGUUAGGAAGAAACUUUUCUGAAAGUAGGCUGAAAAAACAGACACCAAGGGAGGCAGCAGAGAAUGGACAGUCCUGAAAGAGAAGUUAGGUAUCUUCUUACCAACGGCCAGAGCACCUCUGAUUAGCCAGCUUGCCAGUGUUCUUAAAGAUGCUGAAGAAAAUACUUUUGUCACAUUGGAGGGACUUUUACAGUCUCCAUUCUCACCCUAAACGUAGUGAGCGGCAGAGAUUUUUUUUAUCAUUCUUUCCAUCAUUCUCUUCUUCUUCUUUUCCAUCCAACCUACUGUUUCUUUCCUCUUCCUUCUCUUUCCUCAUGCCUACUGCUUCCCUAAACUUCCUUUUCUUUGCAUUCUUCGUCUGCUUCUCUGGGUUGAAAUGUAAUUCUCAGAAGAUGGGGUAGGACCCUCUGCAUAUUUCUCAGGGUAAAGGGUAAACUUUGCUCAUCAUCCCUGACCUGCGAGAGCGAGGUCCAAGAUUAGCCUUUCCCUCCAACCUCUUUAUUUUAACAUCUCUGCUCCGUCUCUCUUGAAUGUCAUCCUUGUAUACAAGAACAGGUCAAAACCUCAAGUUCUCAUGUUUGCCGUAUGUUCCACUAUGAUCUAAGGACAAAGGGAUUCACGAUGCUUUAAUAAGAAAUGUUUGGGGUCUUAACUUGGUCGCUGCUUGUUCAAUGUCUGUACCUGUCUUGGCUUAAGGUUUGAUGCUAUUUAUCUACAAGGGUUUAUCAAAUGCUUUAGUGAGGAACACCUGUUGGUUUGAUAGGUGACUUUUUGAAUUUGAAUUCAUGUGAAAAUUUGUAUUAAGUGAAAAAUACUGAAGGCAUUUGGGAUAUAGUCUAUUAUCAUGUGCAUGGCUUUUAUAUCUGUUUCUUUACAUCAGUAUGGCUGUGCAUCUAUACAUUUUGUCUUAGUGAUUUGUUACAUUUGUUACAUCCUCAACACCCUCAAUUUGCAAAGUCCUUGCUUCUCAUAUUAAUCCAGAUACCAGUCCUUGCACACGAAAAAAGUACCAAGUACAGAAUAUUUUGGUGCAGAAGUGCAGAGGAUAUUAUAUCAUCUCUCAGCACUGCUUACACUAUUAAUGGUCAUAAGUGGUCUACCCCUUGGAAUCAAGUGUGUCAAUCAGGCACCUUCCUUUUGGUUCCGUCAGGAAAAUAAAACAGACAGGAAACAGUAUCUCUGGUUCUUUGCACUGUAAUAAGAGAAAAACUAAUCAUUUGAAACUGUUCUUGUGUACUUUCCCCCCUUCUUUUCUUUGUAAGAAUGGACCGUAACUUCUCCUAUUCCAGCCACAUCCAGAAUGUCCCAUCAGAAUAUAACCAUAUUCCACCCAUCCACAUUUUUUCUUUUGGGAAUCCCAGGGCUUGAGACUGUCCAUGCCUGGAUUUCCCUGCCCUUCUUUUGUUUUUACUUAAUGGUUCUUAUUGGAAAUGUCACAAUUUUGACAGUCAUAUGGACAGAGAAGAUUCUCUGGGAUCCCAUGUUCUUCUUCUUGGCCAUUCUAUCAGUCACAGAUCUGGCCCUUUCCACAACCUCAGUGCCACGUAUGUUGGGUAUCUUCUGGUUUGAUGCUCAUGAAAUUGGCUUUGGAGCCUGUGUGGCCCAGAUGUUUUUCAUACACACCUUCACAGGAAUGGAGUCUGCAGUCCUGCUGGCCAUGGCCUUUGACCGCUACGUGGCCAUCUGUGCACCACUCCGCUACACCACCAUCCUGACCGUCUGGGUCCUAUUGGGGCUUGCACUUGGGGUUGUAUUGGGCACAGUCAUGCUCACGCUACCCAUGGUGUACCUCGUUUACCGUCUGCCCUUCUGCGAUGCCCGUAUUAUCGCCCACACCUACUGUGAGCACAUGGGCAUUGCCAAGUUGGCUUGUGCCAACAUUCGAAUCAAUGCCAUCUAUGGUCUCUUUGCUGCUUCCUUCCUUGUCUUUUUCCUCAUACUGGUUGGAAUCUCCUAUGGCUACAUCCUUCAUACCGUUUUCCACCUCAAAUCCCAAGAUGCACGUCACAAGACACUGAGCACUUGUGGCUCCCAUGCUGCAGUCAUGUUGGUUUUCUACACACCCUCUCUCUUCUCGUUCCUCACUCAUCGAUUUGGUCAAAAAAUACCCCCUUACAUCCACAUUCUUGUUGCCAACAUCUAUGUGGUACUUCCACCUGCCCUCAACCCUGUCAUCUAUGGGGUAAGGACCAAGCAAAUCAGAGAGUGCGUGAUUCGAGUGUUGACUGGCAAGUAAGGAACAUUCCAUUCGGUGAUCUUUAGGUGUGAAAUCUGCAUAUAGCAACGAUAUUGACACCACCUCCACAUUAAUAUUCGAUAAGAAGAUGCCGGUUUAUUUUCCCACAUGAGCCGAACAGUAACGGGAGCCCCAAAAUGACGCGCCCUGAUCAGAUCAUCCAAGCCUUUUGAAAUACUUCCCAUUUUAAGGCUUUUGGUAAAUUCUUUUUAGUUUUACUGAUGGGCAGCCUCUGACUAUGGUAGUUUAUUACAUUCAAGGAAAAGAGACCAAAUAGAUCCCUAGAAUUCAAUCUCUGGGAGUUCCUCUGAUUAAAUUUGCUGUGAAAUAGAAUUCUCUGUGAAUUUACUACUGGUCUAAGCCUAUUCCAAUACUCUAUUGUGAACACUCAGAUACAUUUUAGAGUACAGCAUAGUCCUAUAAUAUUCUUUUCAAGGGUCACUUCUGUAUUUUCCCUGUUUCGUCUCUCAAGGAACCUUCUCCAUGAUACUGCCUCUGUCUUACCUCCUGAAGAUAAUAUUAAGGAAACAUUUCAAAAAGAUGGCAAAACUAAUCAACACUUCCCCCUUCAAAAAAAAGGAUGAUUUAAAUAAUUUGUGUUGACUAUCAAUCCAUUCCCAGGUGAGUGUAAAAUAAAUGAGGACCCUUGAGAAUGCAAUGCGUGUUCUAAAGAAAGGAAACCUGGUUUUACAGAUUGAAACACAGAAUUAAGGGCUGCAGUGAUCUUAACUUUUGCCAGUCGUCUGUGCAGCCUCCACAGAGCCCACGUCCUAACUUCGGGAGCCUGACAUCUGCGGGGUUUUUUGGCAGAGUUUAGGAUUAGCAGAAUCCCCUUCUUUGCCACUGAUGUCGGUGAACAAGAGUCAGUUGGUUUUGCUUCUUUGGGACAUUGCUCUUCAGGUAACAGUGCAGCUGCGAGAUAACGGAUGUCCUAAACUAACUGUCACGGGGAUGGAUGUGUCCACGUUUGGCUUUGAGCCCAGUUUAGGAGACAACACAUGUUAAAGCGCCAAGUGGGUGAAACCGACAGAUACAGUGUGAUUUUCACCCCUGCAGCGUGAAUGUAGUUCACCCAUUAAUUGAAAUAAAAAAUAAGAAUAUGUUAUCUGAAAAUACAGUGCUGGACCUAAGUGUGGGAGAGCUUUAACUUCCAACUUCCUCAGGGAUGGUAAAGCUCCAAAGCUCUCGAGUCUUCCCAAACACCUGGACAAAGUCAUUUAAUGCAUUUUUCAAUGUGUUUAUCUAAGUGUGGAAUGACUAUUCAGUUCUUUGUCAUGUGGAUUUCCCUUUGAGUAGAAUGAAUUUAUAGUAACAUGUGAGGGUAAAGCACAUGUACGACUGGAUAAUUCUUCACGCUGUUGAUGUAUUUCAGUUUUUAAAUUUAUCUUCUUAGUUUACUGCAGUACAAUCUCCCAAAGUAUUCUCAUGAGUGAGAAACUUCUGUACCUGCCUCCUGGUAUGCUUGUAAAUUUCAUCUCUAUCUAUAAAACUUGUUACAAAUAACACCUCAAGAAAAAGUGGAGCUCUUGUUCUAAAGAUGUGUAUUGGCCUAAUUACAGAAUAUAUGGCCAUCUCUAGAUUCCAUUUUGAUUUCACUUGCAUUCAAGACACAGACAAAAACGACCCAGUAGAACAGUAUUGAAAAGGUACUGUAACACUGCCUCAUACUUACGAACUCAGCUCUCAGCCAUGUAGAUUCUAUAAAAAUAUGAUAACACAGAAAACAACAUAAGAGCAAAUCAUACAAAGUAUGAGUGAAAAUAAUCCUUCAAGAACAUUGUUCUGAGGUUAAAAAAAAACAUACAAAAUACACAAAUACACAGCACAAAUUAAUAAAACAGUAAAGAAAAAAACAUGUCUUUAAAAAAGAGUAGUUUCAACUAACUCUUCUAAUCAAGCUCACGAAAACCUGAAAUAAUAGCUAAUAUUAUUUUUUUUGUGCCAACUAUCUGUUAAAGCAUACAAUUACUAAGGCCAAUACAUCUCCGACACUAUAUGAAUCUAACCAUGCAAUACAGGUGAGUUAUUUAAACCCUUGGCUGUGGAGUCAGAACUAGUUUCUCUUCCUUAGCCACCUGCAGCAUACAGGAUACUCCUCACUGAAACGGUGUAUGUACCGUGCUGUACAUUUUAAUUUUCUCAAGACCACAAGAAAGAACUGUUAAAAGCAC